AUGGAUGGUUCGGGGAGCCGUGUCCUGGAUCAUGCUAUUUGUGGCUCAUGUAAACAUCUUUUCACUGAGAAGGAUAAAAUUAUUGAUGAUUUGAAAAGGAAUCUUCUAACGCAAGAAAAUCGUGUCAAAGACCUGGAAAAUGAAGCAAAGAAUGUUGAAAAGAGAUUACGAAACCUCGUGCAAGAAAAAGAUGCUCUAGAACAACUUGUGAAACAAGAUGAAAACAUCAGGAAUAUUGAAAUUUUGCAAAAUCAGCUAAAAUUACUGGAGGAGGAAAAGAAAUAUCUUAACGACAAGAUUAAUGAUUUUGAACACGAAACAGAUGGACUUGCCCGUAUGUUUGGGAUUCAACAAGAAAAGUUUGAAUAUGAAAUGAAGAGCAAAGAUAAAACUCUCACUGCUGUCGAAACUGAAACCAAAAGAUUAAAAGAUGAAUUGGAAAACACCAGAAAGGAGUUAGGGAAAAUGAAAACAGAAAUGGAUGCAGAGAAAGACAUCGUUGCAGAAUUGAAGAGGUCAGUUCAGAAAAAAGACGAAGAAGUUUCGAAUCUUUCAAAUUUACACCACGAAGCUAAAUUGUUCAUCAAAGAAUUAGAGAAACAACUUUUCACAGCUAAUGAAAAUUUGAGGAAUCAAAGGUCAAAAAACAAGAUUCUUGAAGAGAACAUUAGCAGUUGCAAAGAGAACGUGAAAGUGAUUAGCGAGGAAAGCAAACGUCUUGAAACGGAAAACAAUCAGCUUCGAGUGAGUCAGCUCCAAAUGAGUGAAGAAAUAAGUAGAGCAAAGAAAGAACAAGAAAAGCUAAAUGAUCGUAUACAAUGUUUACAAAUGGAAAGUACAGAAAAUCAGAAGAAAUAUGAUCAACUGAAAGAAUGUAAUGUGGAAUUGAGGCAAGACAAAAAUGAUACAGAAACGCAAGUACGAAACAUGAAGAAACAAGAUUUGGAAUUACGAACGGAUGUGGAAAAGCUGAAGAAGGAAGUCAUGUUAGUUACCGAUCAGAACCAUGCUUUAGAAAGUAAAAUGAGUCUUGUUCGAGCUGAAAUUAAAAACGUUGAAACUUUGAAAAGAAAGCUGGAACACGAACUAUCUGAAUCGCAUCAACGGCUAGAGAAAGCUGAGGAAAAUCUUGCGAAUAGAACAAUCGAGAAAGAAACAUUACAAGAAGACGUGAGUGCUUUGGAAAAAGCUAUAAAAGAACUUGAACUCAAGAAUGAACAAAGCGAUGAGCAUCUUGAGAGAACGGAAGAGAUUUUGGAAAGUGAGACUAAAGCGAGGGAGAGAUUGGAAGAAGACGUUAAGGCUUUGGACCAAAUCAUCCAUGAUUUAAAGGCUAAUAUUCAACAACAGAAAAAAUACCUCCAAGAAACUAAACAAGAACUAGAUUCAGUUCUUGUAAUGAAACAACAACUUGUGUUGGAGGUUGAAAAACUUGAAGAGUUGAAUACGGGUAUGAAAGCGAACAUAGAUACGCUGUCUAAAGAUAUCGAAAGCAUGCAUGGUGUCUGUCAAACUAAGACGGAAAAGCUUGAAGAUUUGGAACGAAGUAUGAACGAAAAGUCAAAAGUUAUCCUGUCACAUGAACAGAAAGAGCAAGAGCUUCGGAAUCAUGUUGAAGAACUGCUCGGAAUGGAGGAAAUUUGUGCAAACGAGUUGAAGAAUGUCAGGAAUGAAUUAACCAAGCUGCGAAAAGAGAAUGAGGACAUGGAGGUGAAAUAUGAGAAAGUAACUUUACAGUACCAAGAAUGCUUGAAGGAACUUAGUCAGAAAAAUGAAAUGUACAUGAAGAUUAUCGCACAGUAUGAAAAGCAGAUGGAAGAGCUAUCUCACUUCAGAGAACUUAAUGCUGAAAUCAACGGUGAAUUGAGAACUCGAAAUGAUGAAAUAAAUCUGUUAACAAUGGAAAAAGACAAACUUCUGAGAGAGCGCGAGUCUGCUCGGAUCGUGAUAGAAAAAAACUCGUCGACGCAAGCAAAUCUAAAAAAGGAACUGGAGUCAAUGAAAUUACAAAUGGAGAAAUACAAAGAUAGUGAAAAGGAGGUUUUACAAAAGUUAUCAGAAGCAAAAAGGAAACACGAAUCUGUUGUACGAGAGCUUGAUAAUGAAAGAGACGAAAUAAACAAUUUAGAAUCUCAGCUGAAGUACAGUCGAGAGAAAGCUGAACGUUGGAAGAAGAUCGGUUGUGAAAUUAAGCAAGAAAGAAAUAGGCUGCAAAUUCAACUAGCAGAUUUAGACAGAGAUCUGAAUGAGAAAAGUUCAAAUUUGGCAGAAGAGAAGUCAACCCUGGAAAACGAAAUGGGAACUUUGAAACUUGUUGUGAAACGAUUAAAAUCUAACGAGGAAAACUUGAGAGGAAAAAUAGAAGAGCUUCGUGAUGAAGUUGAUAAAUUGUCUGACGCUAAUUCUGAACAAGAAAUAGAAAUACGAAAGCUCUCCUGGGAGAAACAAAGAAUAGAGGAAAAUCUUUUCAAGUUAAAGGAUAUCGCUGGGGAAAAUAUUUCAUUACAAAACAAAUGCACCGAAAUUAAUUGUGAAAAUACCAAGUUAAAAAAUGAUAUUGAUGCACUUCAAGAGAAAGCAAAAGAUUUGGAAGAACACAAUGAGAAAAUGCUGAAAGAGCAUAAAAUUCUUCAAGAUCACGUCGAUGUCAUACAAGUGCGUAUACAUGAAUCAGCACUGGAAUCCAAACAACUGAAAAACAACAUUAAUAUCCUUCAAGACAACAAUGACGAGUUGAGUGAGGAAAAAGAACGACUUCUUAAUGAGAAUUGUCGACUUAAAGAGAAGAAAAGCAGCAUUAUCCAAGACAGAAAUAAACUUCAAGAUAUGGUCGAAUCUUUAGAUAAAUGCCUCAGCGAAAAGAAUGAUGCUUUAUCGCGGCAAAACACCUUACUUGAAAAUGAAUUAGCAGCAAGGCGAACAACGAUAAAGAAAUGUGAAGAGAAGGAACUAAGGUUGCUGAAUGGAAUACAAGAACUAAACGAAAAAAUUGAAAAUUCUAUUGAAGAGAAUGAUAAAAUCAACGGCUUAUUAAAGAAGGCAGAUUGUGAAAAUAUUCGGUUGAGGAAAAAGAUUUCUGAUUUGGCAAAGGUAGUUGAACAGAUUGACUAUGAAAGAGAAACAAGAAUAAAUCUGGAAGCAGAAUUGAGCGGAAAGGAUGAAGUAUUGAAAAAAUAUAAAGAAAGCAAGAAAAACCUCAAUGAUUUGAUAUCCACGUUGUAUAAUCAACAGGUCGAACUCAGAAAUGAAUUGCGCAAUAAAGAAAGAGAGUUUAAUGAUUUGAACGAUCAUCUGAAGACCGAGCAAAGUGAUAAAGCUAAAUGGAAGGGCGCCAUGACGAGACUUGAAGAAGAACUACAAAAAACAAAAGCAAAUGAGGUAAAAUACAGUGAUCAAGUAAAGAUUGAGCAAGAAAAAACCCAACAAGUUCUCACUAAACUUAAAGAACAGUGUGACAAUUUUAAGGAAAUGUCACAGAGAGAUAAAGAUGAAUACCACGAGAACAUUAAAAACUUCGAAGUCAAACGCAAUGAACUGUUGAACAAGAUAGAGAAGCUGCAAGAUGAUUACGAUAAAGCAAGAAAUUGUAACGUUAAUUUACAAAAUAAAAUACGAACUCUUGAGGAGGAAAUGUUCUCACUUAAAGAAAAGAAAUGUCAGCAAGAUAGAAACCUAAAGACGAAAGAUGAAAAGUUAGUUUACCUGGUGAAGGAAACUGAUGCAUUGAAAAAAGAAAAUAAUCGGUUACAAGAACACGCUGAGAAUAUAGAUAUGAUUCUUUCUAUACAGAAUUCUGCCGCGUUAGAUCAGGCAUCUGGGAUGGAGAAAGAAAUCAAAGUUCUUCAUGAUACUCUGGCGCAGCUGCGAACUAAUAGGGAUAUCAACCGAGCUGAGAUUGACGAGUUAAAAACGAAGUUAGAAACGUCAUAUAAAGAUAAAAUGGAUGCUGAAGUAAAAAUAUGUGAUAUUCAACUAGAAAGAGAGAGACUUCAGUGUAAGAAUGAUGAUUUGUUAAGUAAUUGUGCCAGACUGGAGAGGUUAGCGAAAGAAGCUGAGCAAAUUAAGCUAGAGCAUGAAGGCAAGCAACAAUUGGUUGAGAAUGAACAACAAAGAAAUCGAGUAAUCGAAGAGAAACUAGCAAAUAAAUCCCAAGAACUUUUGGAAAAGGGAAAGCUUUUAGAUACACUCAAAGAAGAAAUAUCUGGUUAUAAGAAAACGAUAGAGAAGCUGAACAUGUCCAAGGACGGACUUAUUGUCUCAGUUGAGGAACUUACACAAAUGAGCGACGAAGGUUUAAAAGAAUUACAGCGUGCACGUGAAGAAAACGAAGAAUUACUGUCGGAAAAUAAUCGUUUGACUGAAUCGGUUGCUUUGUGCAAUGACGUGAUAGAGAAUUUGAGGAAAGAAGGUGAUCGAGUCAAAACUGAUUUGCAAUUGAAAACACAAGAAGCAGAAAAUGAUAAAUUCCAGUUGCAAAACGAUGUAAAGAUGAAAGAAGAAAGUCUUCAACGACUGACAGAAAAAAACAACGAAAUUCAGGAUAGUCUUAAAAAUGUCAGGGAAGAAGUGGACGACCUUGAAAGCGAGAAUGAAGAUAUAUUAGCUGAAGUUGAACAAAUGAAAGAAGUAAACAAAAAAGCAAAAGGUGUUUUUUGUGUUCUUCAAACUGAGCACAGCAUUCUUCAAGAAGAAUUGCGAGAAAAAAGUAACGUCUGGAAUGAAGAGAAAGAGAAAUUAUCACUAGAAAUUCUUAAAAUGGAGACAGACACUACCAAUCUGAAUAAACGACUGGCUCAAGCUAAUGAUCGAAAUGAGAAACAACGCGAGUUGGAGAAAAUGCUUCGUUUCGAAAUCGACGAAUUAAGCGAUGGUUAUGUAGAAAUGGAACAAGAAGUACAGCAUCGCAACGAUGAAAUAACUUCGUUAAGAGAGAAAUUACAAACACUUUCUCAAAAUAUCGAGGAACUGGAACUUGCCCGCGAUACAGCCUGCCUUUUGAAGGAAAAACGACAUUGUGAAUUACUCAACUCGGAGAAGAAUGUCCAACGCUUGGAGAAACAUCUGAAAGAAAACCAGAAAAUGAAUAGCAAGCUACAGAAAGAAAUGGAUUCUUUCAUGGAAAGAGAAAAGUAUUUACAGCUGCAGAUAUCUUCGGAAAAAGAAUUGGGCGAACAGCAUUUGAAACAGAUUCAGGAUUUGCAAAAUUCGCAAAGAAAAGUCGACGAAGAGUUGUGGAAAGCGAAACGGGAUAUCGAAAAGCUGCAAAUGGAAAUUGAAACUUGGCGAAUCAGUGACGAUUCAAUGAAAGUACGCAUUGAAACACUGGAGGAUGAGCUCAAUAAAACAGCAAAUGAAAAGCUCGUAGCUUCAAGCCUCUACGAAGAAGCAAACAAAAAAAGUGAAGCAAGAGCAGAACAGAUUCUAAAAUUAAUGCUCGGCUUUACAGAGAAAACGGCAGCUUUUGAAACUGCUAUUGGUGAAGUUAAGAAAGAAAAAAAUGAUCUAAGUAAGGAAAUAAAUAAUCUUGAAUUCAUGCUGAAGGAAAAGUCAGGUGAAGUUGCCAGUUUAAAAGAGUUACUUGAGAACAUAAAUAUUAAAUAUGAAGAUGCGCUAUUAAUGACCUCGUUACUACAUAAUGACAUUGAAAAGAAAGAUGAAAAGAUUGCAGACCUUGAAGACAGAAGGAAAAACGUCACAAAUUUACUGGCGGACUUAGAUUUUAAAAUUGCAGAAAUUCAAAUCCAGGCGGAGAGACUCGAAACGGAUAAUGAAUCCCUCAGAAAACAAGUUGCGAGAGCGAUUGAGUCAGAAGAACAUCUGAAACAAACGUUGGAAGAGGAACGGAAAGAAUUUGCUGAUAAAUUUUCAAGGAAUUCUCGCGAAAUUCAGCAUCUUCAAAACACGAAAGAUCAUUUCAAGCACCGUCUUUUAGAAGCAAACAGCAAAAUCGAAGACAAAAACAAUGAAAUUGUGAAACUUCAAAGAAAUCAUGAGAAACUUACUGCCGAUAAACAUUGUCUAGUCAACACCAAAGAACGCUUAGAGAACGAACUAUGGAAGAUGAAAUCAGAUGAAGAAGAACUGGCGCUAACUUUAAAGACUUUAAAAGAGAAAAUAUUAAAACAAAACUCGGAAAUUGAACAUUAUGUCAACGAUUGUCAAUUAUUGGAGACCAAGUGCUCAGAUGUAUCCAGGGAACAUAAGGAAACGGAGAGGAGAUUAGUGAAAGCAAACACAGUUUGCAAGGAUUUGGAAAGUAGCUUGGAAGAAAAAAAGGCGAAGGUUUCAGACCUUCUGACGCUAUCGAGAAACUGGAAAGAUAAAGCUAAUCAACUGGAAAAGUCGCUAUCUGUUUCCACUGCUGAAAAUGAUAAACUCUUAAAAAUGAAAAACGAGGAAAUUGAAUCGUUAACUACUUCAAAUAGAGAAAUGAGAAGCGUAAUUGAUGAAGUAAAGUCAGAAUUGGACAAACAAGCGGGAAAGUGUUAUGCCAGUGAACGUGAAAACAAAGAUUUCUCGGAGGAGGACCUUGAACACUUCGAUGAAAUUUCAGCAAAAGAAGAGAAAAAGAGUUUGUUGACCAAAAUUGAAGCAAUUUCAAGAGAUUUUUGCGAAAUUAAGACUGAAAAGCAACAACUUAUGGCAGAAAACAAAGAUAUUAAUUGUGUUAUGAAGAUGAAAGAAAACGAAUUUGAAGAAGGUCGUAACGUAUUUCGGAUGUCGCAACAAAAACUGAAGGGCGAAUUAUUUGAACAUAAGAGUGCUUUAGAAAACCUUGUAAAGGAAAAUAACGACCUUCGACAGAAAGUUGGUGCAGAGAAAGCACGAACAAAACAAACAACAAAAUCGUUAAAUGAAACACGUGGAAGACUAGAAGAUCAAGAAAUGGAAAACGAGAAGCUUAAGUUACAGCUGCAGAACUCAAAUUUUGAAAGAAACUGUUUGGUAGAUGUCAAUUCAAAAGUUAGCGAUGCUCUUCUUAAGCUACAAAAGGAGUCAAAUACGUCCCUUUGUGAUGACACGAAGGAAAUUAACGUAGAAGGGAAACAAACACAACAAGAAUGUGUGUUUUUGGAAAGUGAGACGAAGAGCCAAAAAGAUAUGAUAGACCAUUCAAUCCAAUCUAAACAAGCAUUCUUAGUGAAGAGUUUUGAAUUGCAAAACAAUUUUUCACUGAUUGAGGAUGAAGUGCGCUCCCUCCGAACUGUCGUCUCUAAAAAAGAAGACGAGAUUACUGACCUUGAGGAGACACUUGACCUCCUGAAAAAGGAAAUCGACGUACAGUCUUCGCAAUUAUCCAGUUACAUACAGAAAUUAAGAGACGAAUCUAAACAGAAAACGACUGCAUUGGAAACUAUUGAAGAAUUGGAAGCCGACGUGGAGCACCUGAAAAAAGAAAAUCAUUCUAUAGCUGCAGGAUCACAAAAAAAGAUGAUGCAUUUGCAACAUGAAAUUCUUGCCAAUGAAUCCGUGAUUUGUGAUCUACGUGGAAAGAAUGUUCGGUUGGAAGAAAAUCUUCAGGUACUUAAUUCUCUGAAUGACGAAAAAGCAAACCAAAUAAAAGAACUGGAAAAUAUGGGAAUCACAAAGAAAUUGGAGCUGGAAGCUUUAGAAAAGAUAUUAGAGGAAUGUAACGAACAAAUUCUAAGUUUAGAGAAGGCUGCUGAUAUUCGCCGGGAGGAAAAGUUCUGUUGUAAUAGUGGACACGAUCACAUAGCAAGGUACGAUGAAAUAUCCUCAAAUAUGGCUGGUCGAUUAGAACAAGUUCGCGAUAAUAUUCAUUGUCGCAUGAUGGAAGAAAAGAGGUUGCAGAAGGUACUCACUGAUGUCUCGGCCCAGUCUUCAAAAUAUCAUGCAGAAUUGGAAGCAUCGGAAAGUAGUUACAAGAGCCUGAAAGUCAAGUACGAGCAGUCACAGACCCAGCUUUCCCUCGUAACUUCGAGUCGGGAUGAAGCCCUUUGCAAAGUUGCCGAACUUUCGGAGUCUUUAACAUCUGCGGAGACAAAAAUUGAAAGUACUCGAAUUUCCCAAAAUAUGGAAAACUCUAAAAUCUCGCAGGAGUUACAAAAAAUGCAAAAAGAGUUGACAUUGGCUUGUGAUAAAUUUAAAUGCAGCAUCUCCAAGUCUAUAUCCCUCGAGGAGAAGAUAAAAACAAAGGAAAAACGAAUUGCAGUUUUAGAAAAGACUGUGGAAAUGUCCGGUGUUAAUGAUAGAAUGCUUCAAAUGCGAAUAGCUGAGCUGGAGACCACAACGGAAUUACUCUCUAAUGCAAACAAGGAACUGGAAAACACAGAAAGGAGAUGUGAGGAGAAAAUAGCUGAAUUACAAAGUGCUUUGUACGAUGAAAAGGCAGGGAGGUAUGAAGAUAUCACAGAACGAGAUACAACUGUUCGGAAACUUGAAUUAAAGAAUGAAAGUUUGGGUUUGCAAAUUGUCCGAUCUAAAGAACUGCUUAACAAAAUGGAGAACUCGAGCAUUAAAUUACAAAAGGAGUUUGAUGCUUUGAAGAGUCGAUGUGAAGAGGAAGAAACAACUAGCAGUGCAGAGAUCGCUGAAUGUCAUUCUAAAAUCGUUGAACUUCAACAAAAUAUAUCGAACCUCCAAAAUGAUGCUUCUCGUCUCGAAAACGAUAGAUGCGCGUUAAUUCAGAAAAACGAAGACUUGAUGAAGACUGUUUAUAAUGUUCAAAGAGAAAAUAAAGACUAUAAGAAUACUUUAAAGCAAAACGAGAAGGAUAAAGAAGCAAUGAACACCACCCUUGAAAGAGUGUUUAAUAUAGCGUUGAAUGAAAAGGUAUGCAAUGACAUUAACAGUCAGACUAAGAGUCUUGAAAGAGUUGUCCAAGCGAUUGAAGAGUUGAAGAGCGAACACGAAAACCUAACUAAGGAGAAACAAGAUGUCAUGGAAAAUCUUUUGAAAUUAGAGAAUGAGAAUAAGAAAAUCCUCAGCCAUUAUCGCGCGAAAUGUGAACAAUACGAACUGCAGCAAGAAAAUAACGAUAAACUUGCUGAUCUCACACAAGAGCUAGAAAGCAAACUGAAUGGAUCUGAUGUGAAAUGUCAACAACUUAAUCUACAGAUACGAGAAUUGGAAGAGAAAGUAGAAACGUUAAGUGCCAAUGAAGAUCACCAGCAAUACCAAUAUCACGUGUUGGAAAAGGAGAAAGAAAAUUUAGAAAACGAGAUUAUCAACUUUAACGAAGGAAUAGAGAAACUGACUGAGAAAAUUAACGACUCCGUUCAUCUUCUCCAUGAAUCGAAUUCAGAUUCGAUCAGUGGCAGCCUAGAAGAUAGUGGUAUAGGCAUUGAUGAUAAUUCAUUGAACUUGCUUUCUAAUCGUGGAUCAUUUGAUGCUAGAGUCUUUGAAUGUAGAUUUACUAAAUGCUCCACAUUUCCUGCAAGUUCCAAGCCAAAAGAAGGAAAACAAGAAAAUGAAAAGCUACGAUAUUUAGAGACGACGGUAGAUACCUUCAUUUUGGUAAUGUCGAGAAUUGUUCCAAGUUUCAAUGAACGAGAGAAGUUAUUUUGCAAUAGAGAAAAACAAUUCGUUGACGAAAUACGAGAGCUUAAGCAAGCCUCUGUUCAGAACGAAAACCUCCUGUCGUCUUUAGAGAAAGAAGUGGAAUGUUUAGAGCUGUCACAAAAAUCAUUGCAAGAAACCUAUCAUGAAAAAGAUGAAAAGUUAAAAGAAUGCCAAAUGAAGUUAGAACAUGCCAUAUCAAUUACUAAAGAAAAAGAAAUUUCCAUCACGAUUUUAAAUGAAUCAGUCCAGGAAUACAAAAAAGGGAAAAAAGAUUUGGAAAAAGAACUAGAUACGACAAAGAAGUCACACGGACAACUGAUUAAGGAAAAUUUACAGACUUCGAUAACCAUUCACGAUUGCAAGAAAGAAUUCGAGAUUCUUAGACAGCAGUGUCUAGAAAAUGAUGCGGAGACCGAAAAGACGACAACUAGCUUGCGUUUACAGGUAACAGAACUUGAAAAUCAAAUUUUAGAGGAGCAAAAUAACAACUUGGAACUUCAGCAUCUUUGUACAACACUGCGUGGAACUGUGAAGCAACUUGAAGAUCAAGCGCAAGAAUACUCUCUGACAAUCACAACAUAUAAGAAUCAAGCUAAAGACUUGGAAAGGCAAAUAAACGAAGACGCGAAGUUGGCAGUACAUCGAUCUCAGGAAUUAGACGACUGCAGGGAACGAAUUGGAAUCCUCGAAGAGAUGAACCAGGAGAUAGAGGAGUCUUUUAAAGAGAUCAAAAACAAAUCUGACAAGAUUGGCAUUGAUCUUGAGAAAUCUCGCAGAGAAGUCACUCAACUCAAAGAAGAAAAUGUUCUGAUAAGGCUUGAAAAAAACUCUUUGACAGACAAAAUCAAAACAAUCAACGAACAGCUAAAAGAGAAAGAAAAAACUAUUAAACAGCUUUCGGAAGGAAUAACCGAAAAAGAUGAAAUGAUAAGAAAAAAUGAAGCAAAAUUAGAGCUUUUAAAAGAUUUCCUGCAGAAAAUGAAUGUGUGCAAAGAUACCUUGGAAAAAGAUGUUGAUGAAUUGAAGGACGAGAAGAGUAUUUGCCGACGACAAAUUGAACUACUAAAAGAUGAAAACCAGUGUCUUCUUGAAAGUGUGAAGAAAAAGAAUGAAGAAAUUAUUGAAAAAGAGAGCUUUAAUUUCGAACUUGACAAGAAAAACAAGGAAAUAAGAAACGAAUUAAAAGCGAACAAUACGGCAUUAACAAAAGCAUUGGAUGAAUUACACUUGUCUUUGGUGGAAGCGAGGAGAAUAUAUGAGCUGAUUGAAGGUGUAUGCAGCUUAUUUGAUCCUAACAAUGGGUACCGUUGCUCCGAAGCUGGAAGUGACGAUGAGAUGAAUACUUACAAUCUUAUUCUGUCAAUUGGCACAAGCAUAAAUAAUUUAUCCAUUUUGUCUCAUAAAUUGCUAAUUGAGCGAGAAAAUCUGCAGAGAGAUGUCAAAGAACAAAAUCUUUUAUUACAAAACGAAAAAAACGAGAGAUUGAAACUCGAAACAGAGAUAAAACAUAUGAAUGAAAAAGUGUCUGCUCUGUCCCAAGACCUCGCAAAAGUGCAGUCUUUAUCAAAAGAACAAGAACAAGAAAUAAAUCAAAGCCAAAACGAAAUAUACAUUGGGAAGCAGAGAAUUUCCGAUCUUGUCAAACUGAACGAAUCGUUAAAAGAACGAAUCAAACUGCUCAACGACGAUGUUUCUUCCAUAUCCACGCAUGCUGAUUAUUUAAAAGAGGAUCGCAAUAAGCUUGAAGAGUCGCUUUUGGAAGCUUACCACGAAGUGACUAAAUUAAAUGCAAAAUGUGAGCAACUGGGUAAAUCGGAUGAAGAAUUGAGAGCCGCCAGGCAAAAAAUUGAUGAACAGAAUAUUUUACAAGAUGAAACAAUGACUGCGAAAGAAAAUCUCACGAGAGAAUUGGAAUACACCCAGCAGAAACUGACUGAUCUUGAAAUUUCGCAGACGGAUAAAACCAAAUUACUAGCACAAGAAAGGGACAGGAUUGUAACAUUGACAAAGCUUGCGAGGAUCAAAGAGCGUGAUCUGGAAGAUGCUACAAAGGCAAUGAAGUUAAAAGAUGAGUUGAUACAAAAACUUGAAAGUAAAGCAGAAGAAAUGAAAGAGACGAACACGUUAACAAAGAAAGAACUCACGAAAGUCAUUGAGCAACUGACAACAGUACAACAAAGAAAAGAAGUUUUGUUAAAUGAAAAGGUUUCCCUUUGGAAUGAUUUUGAUGCUCUUAAACAUCACCUGGAGAAAAUACAAAAAGAGAAACAAGAGCUACAGCUGAAACUUCACAGUGAAAGUAAGAAUUCGUCGAUAGUUCUGGAGAAACUGGAGUUACAAAGGCAAGCUCUCGCGAAGUUGGAAAAUAAAGUUGAACAGCGCGAAGAAAAGUGUUCUCAACUUGAAAACGAAAAAUCUAAAAUAACUAACGAAGCAAAAGAAAAUGAAAAGAGACUUGAGUUGAAAUGUGGAGAGAUUCUUGAGAAAUAUCAUGCCCAAGAAAGGAAUAUGGACAAGACUUUGCUCAACCUGAAAAGUGAACUAGAUUUGUCAGAGUGUCUUAGAAGUGAACUAGAACGGCGAGUUACGGAAACUGAGGAGGGUAUAACAGCAUUACAAGAUCAAAAUAGCAAACUCCAAGCAGAUAUUGAAACUUUUGGUGAGCAAGAGAAUAACCUUAUUACGGAAAACAAAUAUUUAAAAGUAUCUGCGAAGGGUGUGUCAGAGGAAAAUAAGUGUUUACAGGAUUGUUUCGAUAAAGCAAACCAACACUUAGAAACAAUGAAGUCAAGUUUGGCUGAAAAAGAACGCGAAAAUAAUGAUUUGCAGAAAGAGGUCCUGUCUGGUAGGAAAAUUAUAAGCUCGCUAAAAAACGCCACUUCCACUUCCGAAUCAGAAAUAAACGAUUUAAAACGCAAAGACGUUGAAAAUAAGCGAGACCUCGAAAGACUGGAGAAGGAAAUAUCACAAGAAAAAAAUAAAGUGGUGGCGCUGCUUGAAGAUAAAACAAACCUUGAGGAAUUAUAUCGAGUUGGUCAAAACUUGGAGGAUAACUUACGAAAGGAUCUUGAAGAAGAAAGGUUGAAGAUGGAUAACAUUAGGAAUGAAAAUAUUAGCUUAAGAAAGGAAAAAACAUUCCUGGUAGGUAAAGUUGAAGACGUGGAAAAAAGAAAGAAAGAUUUGAAAUCGGAGUUUCAGACAAUAUCCUUGGAAAAACAGGAAGUGAACAACCAAUUGUUAGAGGCAAGCAGGAACCUUGAGAAGGCAAGUGAUGAUUUAUAUCGCCUUCAUGCAGUAGUUGCAAGAAUCUGUACAUCAGCACGAACGAUAGAAAAUAGGUUUCAAACAGGCAUCAAAACUGAUAACCAAAAGAAUCCCGUUCAAACGUGUUCCCCUGCCGACGCCGUUUUUGAAGAGCUGCGUAUACUGGAAAUCACAUUGACCGAAAUUUGUUCUUUGUUUGAAAAUCGUCUUGAAAGUGAAAGUCAGUCAAAAAACAACAUAAAAGAUCUAACCCUAAAAAUUAAUAUAUUAAAUGACCAAAAUGAAAAUCAAGAAGGGGAAGUACAACGUUUGAAAGAUCAUCAGAACAAUUUGCUUCAAGAAAAAGAUCAGCUUGAGACAAAAAAUAGAGAAGUGGUCAUGUUGUGCGAAAAGCUAAAUGAAGAAGUAAAAAGAAUGAAAGAAAUGCUCACAAAUGAAUGUGCUAAGAAUACGAAAAUCUCAAAUGAAUUGUCAAGCCUGAAAGCGAGGAAACAAGAAGUAUCCAGGCGAAAUCAUGAACUAGAAGUACGUCUCGAUAAAUGCCUAAAGGAGAAGGAACAUUUAAACACAAAACAAGAAGAAUUGAAGGGCGAAAUUCAUGCUAAAAAUAGCAGAAUUAGCAGUUUAGAAGCGAAUUAUGAAACGCUGCGCCAUGAAAAUGAAGAAAAUAAUGAGUUAGCUGUGAAAAGGAAAGAUCAAAUUCUUGUUUUAGAAAGCGAUCUCAAGGCCUCUGUUGAAUUUUCUGCGAUACUUGAAAAGCGAUGCACCGAAGAAAAUGAGAAUAGUAGCAAGCUGCGUCUGAGAGUCGAAACAUUAGACAGCCAAGUUUCUGCCUUGGAAAAUAACCUGAACAUAUCUCAGAAGCAAAUCAAUGAAAUGUCCUCCAAGGCGGUGUCUAUGGACGAGGAAAUUCAGCGCACUGGUAUUAUUUUACGUGAGAACGGUAAAGAAAUUAAUCAACUACGCGAGAAACUAAAAGAUAGUGAUGAAGAAUUAAGGACAAGUAUCUUUGAAAUAGAACAUCAUAAGACGGCGCACGAGAAUGCUUUGAAGUCUAAAGAGGAAACAGAAGAGAAACUGAAACAAACCGAACUCUUGUUGAACAAGUCGGAAACGUUGCUGCAACAGGAAAGACGGUCGACAAAUGAGAAGAUCAUUGAGAUGGAAAACAUUGAAAAAAAGCUAAAAUCCACCAUAGUGAAACUUCAAGAAAGGGUUGACGAGUUGACGUCUGCGUUAUCAGUUACUAUGACAAAAGAAGAAAGUACAAAACGAAACCUUGAUAACGCAAGAGGCACCAUUAAAAAAUUAGAAAACGAAUUAAGGCAACAAUUGUUGAAGACAGAAGAAAGUGAAGAAAAACAAAGAAAAAUAAAUGAACAGUUGAAUAUCUUAACUUUAGACCAAAUCACGGCGAAUGAAAAACUUGAUGAAACACUUAAAGAAAAUAAGGACUUAAAUAACGAAAAACAAGAACUGAGAACAGCUAUGGAAAUACUGGAAACUGAAACCACAACACAGAACCAGGUAAUUGAACAGAAAUUGACAGAAAUCAAAAAUCUGAAAAUUCAAUUAGCUGAUGAAAAAAAUGCCCAGCAGAAUCUUGAAAACGAGAUAUUAAAAUUGCAAAUGGAUAUAGACAUCUUGAGAAAACAGAACAGUGAACAAGAGGGACAAAUUGAUUACAUUCUGGAAACCAAUGCAGCAGAAGUCGACCAAAUCUCCGAACAACUCGUAGAAGAGAUAAGUAGAGCGGAUGAGCUCAAACGUAACAUAAAUAUAGCAAGAUCCGAGAUGAGGAAAAUGGAAGAGAGAAAUGAAAAAAUAUGUGAACAAAUUUUAAUUUCAUGUCAAUCUCUGGUAAAAGAUUUAAAACCAAGUGAUAACUGCCUUCCGAAAGACGAUUCCGGAGAUAUUACUGAUCUUUCUAAGAUAAUUGAUAUGGUCUGUUCAUCACAUACAAUUGUGCAGGAGCACAAUCACAUUCUAAAUACAAAACUAUCCGAAUUACACGAAAGAUUAGGUACAACCAGUAAGCAAAACAAAAUUUUAUUGGAUGAAAAAGCUCACUUGGAAAAGUGCCUUAUCACGGUUCAAAGAGACAAUGAUAUUAUUCAAGCAGAUCGUGAUUCAUUGGAAAAGGCAUUGGAAACAUGUCAACGCGACCUUGAAGUAAAUAUUGAUGAAUUGAAACAGCAGAAAGAAGCGCUCGAUGUAAAAGAGGAAGAGAUUAAUAGUCUGCAUUGUGAAAUAAAAGAAAUGGAUAAAAGAAGAUUUUGUUUGGAAGAGGAGGUGGGUAGAUUGCAGUUGAAACUUGGUAAUACCAUUAUUGACUUAACAACUGCAAACACCGACAAACACACUUUAGAAAACAAGAUAAGCGACUUGAUUCUCACGAACUCCAGUUUACUUAGCAACCAAGAUUCUCUUCAAAAUAAACUAAACGCGGCGGAGGAAGGAACCAAGGAAUUGUUGGAAAAGUUUUCUGCGAAACAGUCCGAAUUUUUAAAAUUAGUCGCAUUGAGAGACGCUGUAGAGGAAGAAAAAAUGGCAACUGAAAAAUGUCUGGAGAUAAAGGAAAAUGAAGUAGUUCGUCUCAAGAACAAUUUGAAUGAAUUAGAAAAAGAGAAAAUUGAUGAAAGAGAACAAAUGAGCAACUUAAAGGAGCUUAAUGACCGGUUAGAAAAAGAUAGUAGAGAUCUACAGUCGUCUUGUUCACAGACCAAGGCUGAUAAUGCCGAACUCAGUCGUCAAAUCGAAUGUGAACGAAGUGAAAACUUAACGACAAAGACUCGUUUGGAAUAUGACCUUAAGAAAGCGCUGGAGACACUGGAACGACAGCAUUCUAAAUUAUCUCAAGUACAGAAUGAAAAGAAUUUCUUGAGGGAUCAAUUGCUUCAGGCUGAAAAAGAACUUAAAGUGCUAAUGGAAGACAACGCUGACUUGAAACAACAGAUGUAUCAAAGCACGACCAUCAGCAGGAAUGAAUUAAUUACAACGAAAUUCCAGCUUUUGGAAUCAAGAAGAAAAGAAGCUGCUAUUUCGCAAGAGAACAAAUGUUUGAUAGAGCAGUUGCGAGAUAAAUCAGAAGAAUUCCAAAAACUGAAGCGUCAAGAACAAGGAUUUAAAAGAGAAGCGGAGACCAGUCGUGAAAAUAUGAGAAGAUACUUAAAUGAAAGAGACAAAUGGGAAGAAGAAGUGAAGUCAGUGAUUUCAGAAAUUGGUCAGGAGCAAAAGUUUGAGUCUACAUUGUAAUAAUGUGCGACUUUUUAUACCAAAAUAAUAAUGAUAGUAAAACUAGUUUUCUUUUCCUUUAUUAAACCAAUGUGUGCAUGCAUGUGUGUGUAUUUUUGUAAU